AUGGGAAGUGGUUUGAUGGGAAGAGAAUUUUGUUGGGGUUGCUAUAUAUCAAAGGAUAAGAGGAGGGAAGAGGAUAAGGGGAAGAGAAUGGUGGAGAUCAAGCCAGGGGGAAGGGAUAUUUCAAAUACUGGAAGGAAGUUUGAGAUGGGUAGAGGUAUAAGAGACGGCAGAUCAUAUAAGGAUGUAGUAAAUUCUGAAUGUAACUUGGAGGGUGUUAAGAAGAAUGCUCAUGUUGAGAAGAACAUUUGGGAGAUGCAUAUUCCAUCAGACAACUCAGAAUGGGUGAAGAGAUCAUUAACAGGGAUAAUGAAACCUUCUUUUGAUCUCGUUUCGUUAAAGAAAGCUUUAGAGAUGGAGGGGUGGAAGUUCAGAUUACGAUAUGGGGAGGAAUCAGUGACCAGAUCGGACCAGUCGUUGGCGAAAGUUUUGCUAAGGGUGGAAAGUCCUUAUGAUGUACCUGAGACGGUUACGAUUGAAGAAGGGGAGGAAGAUGGUGGAGAAAAUUUAAAAAAAUGUAACAGUGGUUAUGUUUUGUCUAGGGAAGGGGUUGAGAGAUGUCAUUCUUUGGAAGCAGAUGGUGAUGAGUUCUCAGACGAUGAUGGAAGUCAUGUGGGCCUGGGAUUGAGGGGUUUAAAUGAUCACGUUGACUUUGUUCAGUCAGAAGAUAAUGAGGUAGUUGGUUCUCCAAUUAAGAAACUGAUUCCUAAUGGGCAUGCUUACAAUAUAAAAUGGGUUGGGAAAAGGCAGCUGCUUGAUUGUGCUUUUAUGGCCAAUGAAUCCAUAGACUUUUGGAGGAAAAAAGAAAGGAAAGGAGUUGUCUUCAAUAUUGAUUUUCGUAAAGCUUAUGACUCAGUCGAAUGGCCAAUUAUUUUGAGAUUAUUGAAGAUCAUGGGGUUUGGGGAGAAAUGGAUUUCUUGGAUUCGGUAUUGUAUUUCUUCUGCUUCAAUUUUAGUUCUCGUUAAUGGUUCUCUAACAACAGAAUUUCAUAUGGGCAAGGGGUUGAGGCAAGGUUGUAGUUUGUCCCCUUUGUUGUUUAACAUAGUUGGGGAACUCUUGAAUUUAAUGCUGUGUAAGGCUGUAAAUCUAGGUUUUUUUGAAGGGUUUAGUAUCGGUAAGGAGGACAAUCCAUUUAAUUUGACUCAUUUACAGUUUGCAGACGGUUUUAUUUUAUUCUACAGAGAUUCUUCAACUCAAAUUCUCAAUAUAAGGAGAGUUUUGAGGGUGUUUAGUCUAAUUUCAGGGCUUCACCUUAAUUUGUCUAAGAGUAAACUGUUUGGAGUUAAUUUGGAAGAGGACAUUGUGAAAAAUUGGGCAUCCGAAGCAGGUUGUGGGGUGAGUUAUUUUCCUAUGACUUAUCUUGGUUUACCAAUAGGUGCAAUAAAAAAUUCAGAAGUAUUGUGGGAGUCAGUUCUGCAGAAAGUGUACAGCAGGCUAGCAGGUUGGAAAGUUUCCUCUUUAUCGAUGGCUGAGAGGGUGGUGUUGGUGAAAUUGGUGCUGUCUUCUUUACCUAUUUUAUACCUUUCUAUUUUUAAAUUACCAUUGAAGGUAAAUCAGAAACUAAACUCUAUAAUGGCUAGAUUUCUUUGGGGUGAAGAACAAGCCAAGAAACGGAUCCAUUGGAUAAAUUGGAAUAUGGUGUGUCAACCUUAUGACAAGGGUGGCUUGGGAAUCUUAGACGUGAGAUUGGUUAACAGAGUAUUGCUAGGGAAAUGGGUCUGGAAGUAUGCAAACGAGAAAGAAGCUCAGUGGAAAAAAUUACUGUAUUGUAAGCUUAAUGUUAGUAAUUUAUCCUUAUCAAUAUGUAAUGUCGUUUCUCCUAUAGACUCUUGGAUAUGGAGAGGUAUUUUGAAUAAUUAUGAGAAAGAGGAUCAGAUAGGGGAGUGUUUGAGGUCUAAUUCGAAGAUUCAAGUGGGGAAUGACAAAUCAAUUGAAUUUUGGAAUAAUGUUUGGGUCAAUGGCUCUUCCUUAAAGAGUCAGUUCCCUAGGAUAUUUGCUCUAUCGAACAAUAAAAAAGGAAAAGUGACAGAUUUUGGGUGCUUUGAAAAUAAUGGUUGGUGGAUGUCAUUAAUGCUUUUGAUUGAUAAUAUUCGCAUGUCUGAAUCAGUAGAUGAUUUCCUUGGGUGGUCAGGGAAUGGUGAUGUUUUGUUCUCGGUUAAGUCAUGCAGAAUGACUCUUUCAAGCAGAAAUGGAGAUGCUUUUCAGUGGAAGAAGUGGGUUUGGUCUGGUUUGGUACCUCCUAGAGUGGAAACUUUCCUAUGGCAUAUUUCUCAUAGGAAAGUGGCAAUUCAUAAAGUUUGGGAUAUUUCUACAGUUUUGCCCCAAGAUCCUGCUUCACUACUUUGUUCUUGGUCUUAUAUUAGGGAGUACUCUACCAUCUGGAAGUUUAUCCCUGGAGUAGUUUUCUGGUCACUAUGGAAAGCGAGGAAUUCGGUGGUUGAUUUAUUAAUAGGGGAUCCAUCGCUUGCGAACAUAAUCUAUACUAAGCUAUCUAAGAAGAAGAAGGUUAUUUGUUGGUCUCCGCCCCCUCAUGAUUUCUUUAAAUUCAAUGUUGAUGGGCGAUGA